AUGAGGAUCGAAGCGUUCCGCCGAGGCAAUCGCCUCUUCCAGAUUAAGGAGGACCAAUCAACCAGAAGUGACGAUGCUCCCUCUGUGGCUGAAUCGGAAGUUUCCUCUGUGGACUACAACCUGGACAGCGACGAUCAGUAUCCAGAGCGCCGCACUCCUCUCCAAUGGGUCUUCAAGGGAUUGACCCUUUGGCUGGAGCUUGAAGAACACGAUCAGGAUUUGACCAAGGCCAUCGACAAUGCCCCCAAGCUUUACGGAACGCAACGGAUCCCCGUGCCUCAUGCCACGGCUGUGUAUGGCAUGACCCACUUGUCCGAAGUAGAAGCCAUGGAACGAUUGGCAGCCGUCGCCAAGGCAUUUCCCAAUGGCUGGCCUGCGAAUUUGGACUGUCCCGUUUCGGUCAAAUGCGACCUCGCUGUGGAGGGACGACCGGGCCAAGUUUGUUCCAUUGCCUGGGCCGAACUGACGCUCAAAACCAACGAGGACCAUGAAGCAGCCAUUGAUACGAUUUAUGAAAUCUUUGGAGCGGAACGCAAACCUGGACAGCCCUGGACGCCUCACAUUAGUUUGGCCUACGACAAUCCGGAAGAUACUGUCUUGAAUUUGGCAGAUACCAUUUCCUACGUGGCCCAGAAUCCGUCUCUCAUGCAGACUCGUCGCGUCAAGGCAGUGUCCUUGUGGUCCACAGAGGGCAAGAUGGCGGAGUGGAAGUGUUUGGAUCGGGUGAGCUUCUUUUAG